GUUCUGUUUUAUAUUUCCCUCCUUUACGAUGCCUUCGCCAUUUUUCAGCAACUAAAAAAUGGAAGCAAACAAAAAAGAAAGAGCACGACUUUUCCUGUGGAACCAUUACCGAACCAACCGAGAAGAAAGAGAGAAAAGACCUACAUGAAAAGCCCAACUUACUUUCAAAUGCAACCUGAAUCUUAUUUUGUGGAAGCCCCAUUUGGUCCUAAUUCAUCAAAGAGAGCGUUGCCCUAAAAACAGGGAGCGAGGAAUCCUACCAUGGCGCGGUACGGCCCAAAUAAAAACCGUAAAUAGCCCAGAAACUGUGGAAGCAUCAGUAAAUGCAGACUGCAGUUAUCUCCGACCCCAAAUUUGGUGUUUGUUUGUUUCAGAAAUUAACGAUGGCCGCUGAGUCCCAGUCUCCAAGUUUUGCGCGGAAAGUCGUUGUUCAUCUCAGAGCCACAGGCGAUGCCCCUAUACUCAAACAAGCCAAAUUUAAGAUACUUGGAACUGACAAGUUUGCCAAAGUGAUUGACUUUCUUCGGCGGCAGCUUCAUCGGGAUACAUUGUUUGUUUAUGUCAACAGUUCGUUCUCACCAAACCCAGAUGAAUUGGUAAUCGAUCUGUAUAAUACAACAUGCUUAAAUAGCCAUAUUUUGGGUGACCACAAAUGUUUGAAUGGCAGUCCACCAUGGGGGUCGAAUCUGUUUGCUGGCAUGUAUAAUGUCAACAGUCAAUCCGUUUUCCUUCUACUUUAGUGUACUUUGUCUGUGCUAAUGAUGUCGACCGUCCGGUGUGAGAGAGAGAGAGAUGGAAAGGGAGGUGCAAGUUUCUGGUGAGAUAAUGUUUGUUUUUCGUAAUAAGCAAGGAGCUGAAAUCCUAGUUAUUUGUUUAUAUUGUUUUUGUAAUGUUAGUAAUAUUGUCUUUCCCUGAGAUUGCUCAUUUGACUGUGAAUGACCAAUUUAGUUUAUGGGCUUAUCUAUUAAAUGUUCGUGGCUAGUUUACAUUU